ACGACUCUUCUAUAUAAAUUUCUUCCAGUUCUUGUCCGCUUAAACUUGAUAUUUCCUUUGUGAGCGUGUGACCAAUAAAACUCGCCAUCACGUCGCAGUACGCCCUAUUAAACGUCAAACACAUUAUUUGUGUCUACAAGGUGAAGAAAAAAUUCAUCGAACCAGUAAAUAAUACGUAAGCAACUUGAUACCAAAAGCAUUCAGUGUCGAACAAACAUUCAGCAUCGAGUAGUCACAACUAGUCAUAGCCGCAUACGCCUUGUAGUACCCGCUGCGUUCAGUGAAGCACAUUCGUCUUGGGUACAACACCUGUUGCCACAACGUUGCUUUAGCGCUCGUCGAACACACACACACACACACACACACACGAUGCCAGUGCAAUCUCCAAUUGCGAUUAGCAAUCGUGCUAUUGAACAUGUAGACGAUGUCGAUCCACUUGAAUAUCAUGGCCAUUGGGAACCGGUGGGAAUAGCACGUGUCCAGAAUACAGGCACUUCGGCGGUGGUGACAUUCGCCAAACGCAAACAGCAGCCCUACAUUAAGGGUGGUUGUUUGCUUGACAACAAAUACAUAUUUGAGCAGCUGCACUUUCAUUGGGCCGAUACGGAUGAGUCGGGUUGUGAGCACACGCUCGAGGGUGUCAAAUACUCAAUGGAGGCACAUGCCGUGCACUACAACUCCAAGUAUAAGGAUUUCGCUGAGGCAAAGAAUAAGCCGGAUGGCUUGGCAGUGGUGGGGUUCUUCAUACAGGCGUGCGGCGACAAGGAUUGCCCUGAAUUCAAGAAGAUCACAGAAGGUAUACGCAUAGUACAGAAGAUCAACACAAGCGCUUCGCUGGAUUCCGAUUGCUUGUCUUGGAUUGGCUUGCAAGAGCUAAGUAAACAUUAUUACACAUAUAAAGGAUCAUUAACUACGGCACCAUACUUCGAAAGCGUUACUUGGAUAAUUUAUCGGACGCCAAUUUACGUCUCCAAAGGACAGGUUCAAGUAUUCCGCGAUUUGCAAUCAUGUCCAAAGGAUGAAAGUAAGAAAAUAGUUAAUAAUUACCGUGAAAUUCAACAGCCAGACAAAGAUCCUGAAGUUUAUUUCGCGCGCAACGCCAAACCAAAAGCAAAAUUAUGAUUUGUUGGAAAAACAUCUGCAAAUUCAAUGAACGGAAAUGAUAUAUGCAAAAGGAAUUGAAGUGCAAAACUAUGUAUUUAGAUUAGAAAUUCACUUCUCAUGCAAAAAUAUAUCUGAAUGUAUCUUAGUGUUUCUAUACUAGUUCCAGUACGGUUGGCACUUUUUAUGUGUGUGCAUCUGCAUAAUGCGACAUUUACGGGUGGAAACCAAACUUCAGUUGCGUUGCCAGUGGCUGAACUCGCAACUGAGUUGCUAUUAUUGGCAACUGCAUUUUCCCCGCCCACCCAUAAUUGUAUAAAUGUAUAUGCCCAUAUUGACAUCAACUGACGCACUAAGCUACUUUCCACUUUUAUAAGUAUUUUAUUGAACACAUUAUUACUUAUAAAAUAUUUAAUUAAAUAUUUACCACUAUAACUAUAUAGCAGAGUAAUCACAUAAGUAAAGCCAUAACCAAAAUUCCCAAAAUGCCGAAUGCAGGAGAUAUUGGUUGUGGAUUGACUAAUUUUUCUUUAUAAUUGUGAUGUAUUCAUACAAACAAGGCGCUAUUCGUGUGCUGUCUCCGGGUAUUAUUAAACACUAAAUUACUAAAACACCGACUUUUUUCCUAAAACAAUACUACUAUCUAUUAUGGUAUUUAUAUUUAAAUAAUAAUUUAAGCAAAUUAUGUAGAUUCUACAUAAAAGCUAAACAAAAUGGGUUAAAAAACACAUUCCAAAACAUGAAGGAAUUGUAUUGAAUCGCAAUAUGGAAUUCUGUUAGAAUUAAAAAUUGUUUUAUUUAAUGUUAAGUGUACUAUGCAUGGACAUAUGUUUAACAUAUGUACUAUUCUAUGUAUCUUGCAACUGUUUAUAUGUAUUGUAUACUGCUUGUUACGAGGAAUUGUCAUAUUUUUAUAUUCAAAAACGAAAAUAACCAAAACUAUUUGUGCCGUAAGUACAUAAAAAUACUUAUGUAUUUCAAAGAAAAAUAAAUAUAAA